AUUGCAUUUGCUGUUUAUUUCAAAAUCUGGAAACGGCAUUGAACCUGACCUCUGCCCUUACCUUGACCUGUAUUUGUCCUAUCUCCAGACCAAGGGUUUGACUACGUCUCGACCUCUCCAUUUUUGUCGCUAAUAUAACAAAUAUCUAAAACAAAAUGGCUGAACCACUUAAAGUUGUUGUGACUGGUGCUGCUGGCCAGAUAGCCUAUUCUUUGUUAUAUUCUGUAGCUAAAGGAGAUGUGUUUGGAUAUGACCAGAGCCUGGAGCUUAACCUGUUGGACAUAACUCCAAUGAUGGAAGUAUUAAAUGGGGUUGUUAUGGAGCUUCAAGACUGUGCUAUUCCACUUGUCAAAAAAAUUACUGCCACAGAUGACCCCAAUGUCGCAUUCAAAGAUGUGAAUGCUGCUUUUAUGGUUGGAGCCAUGCCUCGCAAAGAUGGGAUGGAAAGAAAAGAUUUACUUAAAGCUAACGUCAAGAUUUUCAAAGCUCAGGGACAAGCUAUGGAUAAAGUAGCCAAGAAAACCGUUAGGGUUGUUGUUGUUGGAAACCCAGCAAACACAAAUGCCUGCAUUCUGAGCAGGUAUGCUCCAUCUAUUCCCAAAGAAAACUUCACUUGUCUUACUAGACUUGACCAAAACAGGGCUCAGGCUCAGAUUGCUGCAAGGCUUGGUGUUACCACUGACAAGGUGACCAAUGUAAUCAUCUGGGGCAACCAUUCCUCAACUCAGUUUCCUGAUGUUGCUCAUGCCAAAGUUGAACUUAAUGGACAAGUUGUACCUGUACCUGAAGCUGUGAAAGAUGAUAACUACCUGAAAAAUGACUUCAUUAAAACUGUGCAACAACGAGGAGCAGCUGUUAUCAAAGCACGCAAACUGUCUAGUGCUAUGUCAGCUGCUAAAGCUGCUUGUGACCACAUGCAUGAUUGGUUUGUCGGCACUAAAGGAAGCAACUGGGUUUCAAUGGGUGUCAUCUCUGAUGGCUCCUAUGGCAUUAAAGAAGGUCUGAUGUACAGUUACCCAGUGCAGAUUAAAGACAAAAAAUGGUCCAUUGUCCAGGGACUCAGCAUCAAUGAGUUUGCCAGAGAAAAAUUGGAUGCCACUGCUGCAGAACUAGAUGAAGAGUUGGAAGCUGCUGUUGCUGAAUGCACUGAUUGACUUACUAGUACCAAACUUGUCAACAAGCUAUGAUAUCAUUUGAUAUGGACUCUAUUGCUCAGUUGUUCAAUUCACUCAUUAUAUUCUCAAAUAGUGAAUGGUUUUGUGUUUAAUAUUUACUGGUAGUGGUCGGUUGUUUGUCAAAGCUUCACUAGGAGUUCAGCCAUUUAUUGUACUAAUAACCAGAUUAAUGAUUCUGAGUGAAACAUUCUUGUAGAUUUGUGUUGUCAUAAUGGUAAUUUGACAGGUACUAGGUCUUGUGCUAAUUAUCUAAAUGUUAAUUGGACUUUGAACUAGAUUGAAAUAAACUAAUACAAUCUUU